AUGCCUGACAAAAAUCGACUAAUUUUCAUGUUGUGGAAUAAGAAAUUCAGGAAAUACCUGCUAGCAAUCUUUCUAAUCGUGGUUUUGUACAUGCUGGUUCGCUGGCCUCGCGACGAGGAAGUACAGCACUUCCACCGGAAAAUUGAUGGUCUCAUCCCUGAAAUAGCCAAAUUAUCAAAAAUCGUGGAGCAACCGAAUGGUACUCCUCUGAAGUUCAUCAUCCUGGCCUUGACGGACAGGGCGUUCGUCGACAUGACCCUCAACUUGUACCUCUCCAGUUUCAAACGCUUCAACAUUAGUAAUUAUUUGUUUGUGGGUGCUGGACUGGAGGCCUGCCACCUGGUCUCCCUCGAUAUCAAUUGCGUCCAUUACACCGACGAUCCCGAUAGCCGCGUUGCCAAUUCUUUUGGGACCAAGAGUUUCAUUCACAAGAUAAAUAUAAGAACCGGCAUGAUUUUGGAUGCGUUAUUAGCCGGAUAUACGGUUCUACAUACCGACUUGGAUGUCAUCUUUUUAAAAAUUCGCGAAGAAAUUGAAUUACAAAAAGCCAAAGUUUCGAUUAAAGAAUCAUUACCGCAGAAAUCCCUGCAAGAAAAUGACAUGGCUAUCCUGUGGGACUAUCAAUCCUACAACGCUGGAUUCCUGGCAGUCAAACCGACAAAUUUUUCAAUAACAGUCUACAGAGAAUCACAAUAUAGAACAAACGUGUCAUCGUGUUGGAUUAUCAAGCCGCUCUAA